GCUGGGAGCCUGCGUCAGCUGCCUGUGAACCAAGCAUAACUGAAGAACCACUGGUUGCUUAUCCUUGUCACUUUUAUACCCAGUAUGAGUACGAAACUGGAGGUAAAAACUGUAUGAAGGGGAACUAGUGGGAGACACUUUCUUUGACUGUUAUACUGAUACUGCAUAUAAGCUCUUUUGGCAAGGGUUUAUUGCAGCUAGUAUUUAUGCAGGAUUUUGUAAAAGGUCUUUACUUAGGUGUAAAGAAUUGUCUCGCUUGCACUGAAGAGAAGAAAACAUGAGCUUCUGCUGCUCAAGGCUUUGGAAAAUGCCUAAUAAUUUUCUGCUCAGUAACACGCUUUUGAAAAUUUGCCCAAGUAAGCUUACAUGUGUGUGUUUGGGAGAGGGAGGGUGUUCAGACUUGUAAGGUGUAUUCAACAACCAUUUUCCGUAGACCAGUCUAUUUUAGAAAUGUAGCAAUGGAGUUUUCUGAAAGUCAUGCUUCACUUUAGAAAAUACUGGACUGUGUUCUUGUGUCUGUGUCAGCUCGAGAGUUUAAAUCGAAUGAAGAAUCUUGAAGAAGUAGGUCUUUAAUGAUUUAAAGGGAUGGACUUUACAGUAAGCGUAUCCUGCUUUUUAAAGAAGUUGACAUUUGUGUCUUUAUGUUGUGUCACGGUUUUGUGUGUUUGCUGUGAUGAUGGGAAUUAAUUCCAAACCAGGCUGUGGUGACCGACUGACCCGAGCCAACUUUUGUUGAGGUUUCCGAAGCAUUGCACAAGAGGUUUAAAGGAAAAAUUUUGGGGGCAUGUGACAGUUAAUCUCUUUAGCGGUAAGAAUGAAAUUUAAGCAUACUGUUGAAAAUGUACUCGGUUCUGUGCUGCUCUUUGUUUUAAUUAACAAUCUCCUGCAUAGAUUGGGAGUGUAAACUUCUUUGCACUUUAGUCCAAUUAAAUCGUGCUUGGAGGCUGUCAAUGGUGGGGAGAACUCCCCCCUGCCCCCCUUUUUUUAAUUGUUCAGUGAGUCUGUUGAAUAAUGAAAGAAUUUGCCUGGCGGGGUUUUGUACUGUUUCGUCGUCUCGAUGAAUUAUUGCAGAGGGUAGGCGACAGUCUCCUUUGUCCAAAAUGCAUUGGAAUGAUUCAUCCAAUUCCUCGGAAAGUGACAAUGAAGCUCAUUCAGCCUUUACACAGACAGAGCACAACAUAGUUGCAGCUUACUUAAUAACAGCAGGUAUGGGCAUUGGCAAAUUGUUGUGUAACUUUUUAAAAUAGAACUGUAGAUCGGAAUGCUCGUUUUGUAUAGUGACAGUGAUGGUAUUUUGGUUUGUAUUACACAAAUGUCUGAUGGCUUUCCACCAUAGUUUACUGACAAGUUACCAAUCAGCAGGCUGCCUGAAAUGUGCAGAAACAUCUGAAGUGUGUAGAAACAUCUAAGUUUUCCGCUCUAUAUUUGAAGGCAGGUUGUGUCUUGAAAAAUAUAUUUUGUUGAUAUGUAAUUAUAGACGAGAGUAAGAAUUAAUUUCUGCCAGCUUGCAAAAGAGAUAAAAAUAGGGCAUAGCUGUCACAUCUUGCAUUUUUCUGUGAUGUGCUUGAAGCUAUCUUCAGAUUUCUCCUGGGCCACAUGUUUGUAGCAAUAUAUGUGUAGUCUGAGCAUGUGAGCGUGUGUCUGUUAGGGGGAUGCGAGGGGAAGGGUUGGAAUGUGACUUGGAGGGGGCUGGUCAUUAAUCAGAGAAGAGCAGACUCCAGUUGCGGCUGUAUUUUUCACCGAUGACACAUGUUAGAAAAAGCACUCUGGAAGUCUUGACAUCGUGUUCGUUCUUUGUGACUGCAGUGGCCUUUGGCUAAACUUGAAUGAUUAUGGACUUCUUUUUUCCCUUGGAAACUUUCUCAUUGUUAUAAUCAUAACUGCUUCGGUAAUGUUUUUCUGAAGCAUUGAGCGCUAUAGCAAUGAAAUAUCAACCUGUCCAAAAACUGAAACCCACUGUGUUUAAAAUUAGUCCUUCUAUGCCUUUAUUAUGGAAAAUUAAAUCAGUCUAUACUUUAUUCGUAGACUGUACCAUACAUUUACUGUUAUAAUUAGUUCUUAAAAAUACUUUAAAAUAUUAAUGUACUUCAGGUUUAUAUGAAAUAGUAUUGCUGAUGGUCACAUUUUACUUCGCAUAUCUGUUUGAAGUGGUGGGUAUCAAAUUGCUGUUCUGGUAAAGAGUGUAUUUUUGAAUGCAAAGGCAAUAAUUUAUUUCAGAUUUUCAGAGAAAUUGAUAGAACAGCUGCACAGAUCAGUAGACUUGUUAAGAAGCUGUAGAGAUGGACGAUAGUCAAGUGUUGGAAGGCUAGAUACACUCCGCAGUACUACCACGCUAUUUGCAGGUAACUAGAUCUAUUAGGUGCUGCAAAUAUGUAUGAUAUUGUUAUAGUUUAAUUAAAAUUGAUUACACUGUAUGUAACAAGGUGGUCUAUUCAGAUAGUUUGACCACCUGGUGUUAGGGAUCGAAGCUAUCGUAGGUGAUCAGUAGGAUUAGCCAGAAUCAACCCAGCUUUUCUUUCUUAAUCUUGCAUGGAAAUUAAACGUCUUUAAAAACAAAAAAAAAAAGAAGUUGGAUUACUUUGCACUUUGGUUUUUUUUUCAUUUCUGGGUUUGGGGUUGUUUUUUUUGGGGGGGAGUUUCUUUUGUUGUUUUAAUUAGGGGAGUCUAGUAAAUCUUUCACCUGUAGCUUAGACUUUGUUUUCUUAAUGAGGAAUGUUUUUGACAGUAAGGUCUAUAACUUCUUUGCAAGUAUGAUUGAUUGCUUUGCAAAUGCCUUACCACAGCAAAUCUCACAUCUGAAAAAUUUAAGCUGUGUUAAUAAGCAGAUGUCUAAGAAUAAGAAUGAAAUUCAAGGUACAGUGUUCAUCCUUAUGCUGCUUUUUAAAAGGUUUGAAUGCUUCUUUCUCUUGAAAAUAAUUGCUUCGUUUUCUGAGAAGGGAGUAUUGCAUUCUACAAUAGUGGUCAGUAUAUUAAUUUUAGUGAUGACAACAGCGAUACUCAGGCAGCAGAAUACUCAGGCUGCAGAAUGCAAUAUUGCCGCAUGAAUAUCCUUCAGCUUAUAAUGGUGUGAUGCUCUGGUAUAAUUUUAAAACGCUAACUGGAAAAGUAAAUUCUAUGUUAUUCACAGAUCUAACUUUCAUUGUUUUGAUGCUACUACCUGUGUGUCUUGCUUAACUCUGUUAGGGCUUGUGGUUGCAUUUGGUCUGCAUUUAGUUUUCAUUGCUUCCUUGGGAAGAUGGAAAAUAAAUUCUCCUGCUCUUGAUCAGGUCAUGAGGUUUUUAUCUUCAUUUUCACGUAACUACAAAGUUUAAUUGAAGAAAUAUGGGAAAAGUCUAAACCUAAGAUGUUUCACAGGCCAAGUGGCAGCAUCCAUGUGCUUUUUCUGAAUCACAUGAGUUUGUCCCAGUUGAUGAUUUCAGGUUACUGAAAGUCUUGGGCUUGGUCUGCACUCCCUGUCCUCUAAGAAAUCAUAGAAUCAUUUAGGUUGGAAAAGACCUUUAAGAACAUUGAGUCCAACCAUAAACCUAACACUGCCAAGUCCACCACUAAACCAUGUCCCUAAACACCACAUCUACACAUUUUUUGAACGCCUCCAGGGAUGGUGACUCAACUGCUUGCCUGGGCAGCCUGGUCCAAUGCUUGACAGCCCUUUUGGUAAAGAAAUUUUUCCUAGUAUGCAAUCUAAACACCACCUGGUGCAACUUGAGGACACUUCCUCUUGUCAUAUUGCUUGUUGGGAGAAAAGACUGACCUCAACCUCACUACAACCUCCUUUCAGGUGGUUGUAGAGAGCGAUAUAGUCUCCCCUCAGCCUCCUUUUUCCUCCAGGCUGAACAACCCCAGCUCCCUCAGCCACUCCUCAUAACACUUGUGCUCUAGACCCUUUGCCAGCUUUGUUGCUCUUCUAAUGGGUGCUGCUUAGCUGCUGCCUGGGGAAACGUUGUUCUACUUGACCUGAUUCUCAGAAAGAGGGAAGAGAGCAUUUCUUGAAUCUGCAUGGUAUUUGUUUUUACUUUGUUCAAGAUGGAAUCCAUCUUCUUUCUUACAUGUUGUUCCCCAGAACAUUUUUUUUGGCUCUAUUAUUGAUUUGUUUUAGUGGUGGUAAAAUUUUUAAUAAAUGUAGGCUUAGCAAUUCCACUUUCUCUUCCCUGUUUUGGUUUAGUUUGGUUCCCUCCCCCGCUCCCCCCCUUUAUUUUAAGGUUGGGCUCUGAAGUACUAAAUUUAAGCAUGUCUAACAGGAUCCUUCCCUCACCCUGAGGAUAUGAGUUUACAGUCCUGUUGUGUUUCUGAUUUCAUUCUUGGUAGCUGUAAUAUCUGUUAAAACAUGCUUCAUAAGAAGCCUGUACUGUUUUAUAAGCUUGUAAUUCUAUUUUGCUUUCUCCCAAGAGAUGACAUGCUACCUGUCAACGGGAGAGCUGACAGAACUGGCACUGGGAGUGCGUUCACUAUGGUGUUUGUUUCAGAUCAGAUCCCCAGCUCCCUGCUUUUGUUCAUUUUAGGGGCUCAUAGCAUCACAGUGGCAUUCCUGAAAUGUGCGAAUAUAUGAACGUGGUAGCUGAUGGCAUCUGUGUGGCUAGGCACCUCCAACAUCAUCUGUAGUGUAAUUUUUAUGUACUGAGCAGGAGACUUGCACCUGAGAACAGACAUGCUUGGUGGUUUUAAAAGACAAUGGAAAGAGAGAUAGCUAAGAAUUAGUUACAAUUUUGCCUCAUUUGAUUUUAAAAUUAUUGACUCUGUUAAGAUCUGUUUCUGUAAUGAAGGAGAUCAUAACUGAUUAAUAAAAUGUUGCAGUGAAACUCCUUAUGUGAGCUUCAAGUGUAAUAGAAAAGGUACCAAUUUAUGUAACUGUUAUUGAGAAACUCAAUUUAAAAGUGAAGAGUUGGUGUUGUCCCUAGUGUCCGUUAUCCUAAGCAUCACCUUUGUUAUAUUUUUAUGUAAUUAUGAUUGCACUGGCUUUCCUUCUGCCCUUUUUCAUAUCUGUCAUGGAAGUAACAUAGCUCUUGCUGAGCAUAGUGGUUCAGAUGGUACUUCUGAUGUGUAUUUGACUCCAGAAAUGUCUGCCUCAGUUUGAUGCACUGGCGUGUGUGCUGGUAGUUAUAAAUCUAUGGAAUGUGUUCCUGUGGGCUGCCAAUGAUGGAGUCCACACAACUUUGCAUGGUUUGAAGGAGUUUCCGCAUCGAUACCAGUUGAAGUCUUCAGGAGUCAGCUGUGGAGCUGAAGUGCUUGACAUUGAUUCUUGCCCUCAGGUUUUCUAACCCUGCUGAUUUGAGGUUAUUGUUUUAAGUGCAGUGUGUUUGUAGUCUGAUGGUAAACCAAUGUUAGAGAUUUUUAACUCUGUGCUGCAGCAUUGACAGUGUCAGGGACAGAAGAACAUUGUAUAAUACUUUAAAAACUUAUUGCCCUUUCCACAGAGGCAUGUCAGCAAAAGAUAAGCUGUGUGUGUCAGGUUUUUGGUGGGGCCAAUAGACGAGCAGAAAUCCCAUCAGUGAAGGUGAUGCCAGGGGACUGGAGCAGAAUGGGCAGUGACUAUGGAAGAAGAUGGGUCUGCUUUUGGAAAUCCACAUUCAGUAUGUCAGCCAUUCACUCAAGCUCCUUACAGAAUUAUGCUUCAGAUGUGAUAAAAUUCUAAGCGACAUUUCCACGGACAAUAUGUUGUUAGACUUUUACCAAAAUAACAUUCCACUCUGCACUUGUAAUUUAAGGUGCCCAGGCUAUAUAAACGUUUGUAAGUUUAGGAUUUGGUUCAGAGAUACUGUAACAGCUGUGCCACACUGGGGAAUCUGUGAACAGCUUAUAAACUCCUGUCAACAUUUACAAGUUAUUUUCUUAAUGACUGUAUUUGAGCAUGUUGGAAUUCUCCAUUUUAUUGAUAAGGGCUGUGAGUCUACUGAGGUGCAAGGGGGAGUUUUUAACCUCAUUAGCUGUUUAUUAAUAGUUUGUAUUAACAGUGGAUGAGUAAAAGUUUAGAGGAUGGGAGUUUGGUCUGGGUAUCUCUUCAACAGGCUAGAGUUGAAGAGAAUAAAACCACAACACCCACCCCACCAUACUCCCCCCAGUUUUGUGGGAGUGCCAUGUAAACUCACUCCAAGAGCCAUGCAGUAGGAUUUGGCUGGGAAGGAGGAAUAGCAGGAGAAAAGGAGAAUCUGGGUGUUUUAAUAUAAGUGACUAGGGUCAGAAAAAGCUUGCUGAUACACAGGAUCCUAAAGAGAGUGUCCUGGGCACCUUCAAGAGCAUUAAGUCCAAGGCAAAUUGCAGAGGGAUUGGACAUGAGGAGAGGAGAAUGUACGUUUUAGCUCCAGUGCUGUAUUUCUUUAUUGCAACUCAUUAUCGACUGGCCAUUUCUUGUGUUGCCUAAUAGACUUCAGACACAGUUUGAGUCAAGCCAGACCAAAGAGGUUUAAAAAUACACAGGGUAGCGAGGCAGGAGCAAGUUCAGUGCAGAGCUGGACUUUUACUGUGGCUGUGACACAGCCCUAGAACUUGUCAGGUGGAGGAAAUAGCUGUGGUGCGGGCACAGCCACGCCACUGUGGCAGGCUGUGCGGGUCAUCCAGACUGUCUGACAAGGCUUAGAAAAUACAGUCUGCAGCAACCUGAGCCAACUCGGAUGUUUGCAAAGAACUGGGCCCUCAUGAGCAGCGAGGGGAGUUAGUCUGGCUAGGAUAGUGGUAGCAAAGUCAAAGCUUCUGUAUUCCUUUUGCCCAGGAUUAUUGUCUGAAUGCACAGUGGAAACUCUCCACUGAGAAAGGAAGAUCUCAGGUGGUGGCAGGGGCCUUCUGCUAGAUCAGGAGUGAUAAGCAUUUUCAGUAACAUUGUUGUGUUAGGCAUCUUUGUUAAGUACAAAGAGCUUCGGACAGCGACCAACGCAAUUAUUAUCAACUUGGCUUUUACUGACAUUGGCGUUAGUGGCAUUGGUUACCCCAUGUCUGCUGCCUCAGACCUGCAUGGAAGCUGGAAAUUUGGAUAUACUGGAUGCCAGAUCUAUGCUGCCUUAAAUAUCUUUUUUGGGAUGGCGAGUAUUGGUUUGCUCACGGUUGUUGCAGUUGACCGCUAUCUGACAAUCUGCAGGCCUGAUAUAGGAAGAAGAAUGACUACCCGUAGCUAUGCCACUCUGAUCCUUGCUGCUUGGAUAAAUGCAGUCUUUUGGGCUUCCAUGCCUGCUGUAGGCUGGGCUAGCUACGCUCCGGAUCCAACUGGAGCAACAUGCACAGUAAAUUGGAGGAAAAAUGAUGUGUCCUUUGUUUCCUACACAAUGAGUGUAAUUGCUGUUAAUUUUGUUGUACCCUUAACACUCAUGUUUUACUGUUACUACAAUGUUUCCCGGACAAUGAAAAAAUAUACCAGCAGUAACUGCCUGGAGAGCAUCAACAUAGAUUGGUCUGACCAAGUAGAUGUGACAAAGAUGUCUGUUGUGAUGAUUGUAAUGUUCUUGGUGGCAUGGUCUCCAUAUUCUAUUGUGUGUUUAUGGUCUUCCUUUGGAGACCCAAAGAAAAUUUCUCCUGCGAUGGCCAUCAUAGCUCCUUUAUUUGCAAAAUCUUCCACGUUCUAUAAUCCCUGCAUUUAUGUAAUUGCAAACAAAAAGUUUCGGAGGGCAAUGCUGGCAAUGGUUCGGUGUCAGACAAGACAAGAGAUAACUAUAAACAAUGCCUUGCCCAUGAGUGUAUCUCAAAGUGCACUGACAUCAUAGAACUCGU